UGGCAUAAAACACGAUGAAAAGAGUGCUAAACUAAUUUACGGACACUUGUAUUCAAUAUUCAAUUGAGCAUUUUCCCUUCGGGACUCCGGAUUCAAUUCGUUAAAAUGACAAAAGGAAAGUCGCGAAAAAAUAUCCCAAACUCUAAGAAGAAGUCGAAAGUUUUGGAUGCGACAAAUGUUGCUGAGACACACGCGGCCGUCGAACAGCCUGAAGAUGUUACCAAAACUCCGGACGUAGUUGAUGAGAAAGCCAUUAAAGACAACAAGAUUGAAGAUGAAAAAGAACGAAUAUUGGCCGGACGAGGAAAUGACAAAAAGCUGAAUGUGGAAUUUUUCAAGGACAAGUUUGGAAAGAUUUUUCUUAUGGUAGACACAAAAGCUUCCACGAGUUAUAAUCGAGUUUUGCUGCUGAUUCUGGUCACAUUCUUGACCUUUUUGACUCGGUUUUAUAACCUACAGAAUCCAAAACAUAUCUGCUGGGAUGAAACGCAUUUUGGAAAACAUGCAAAUUUUUACAUAAAAGGCCAGUUCUUUUUUGAUGUUCACCCACCACUUGCAAAGAUGACCAUUGCUGCAGCAGGGUUAUUGACGGGGUAUGAUGGAGAUUUUCUGUUUGACAAACCAGGGGACCAAUAUGGUGAUGAAAAUUAUAUUGGAAUGAGAAUACUUUGUGCUUUCAUGGGUGCAUUAUGCAUACCACUGGCUUACCUCAUUGUCUGGGAGUGGACUCGUUCAACAACUGCCUCAGUUAUAUCCGCUUCUUUUAUUUUGUUUGAUACGGGCUGUUUAACGAUAUCUCAAUACAUCUUACUUGAUCCAAUUCUCAUGUUCUACAUCAUGGUCGCUGUGUUUUGUGUUGCCAAAUUUCAGAGCCAGAGCAAAAAUCCCUGGACCUUUGAAUGGUGGUUUUGGUUAUCAUUGUCAGGCAUAAACUUAGCCAAUGCCUUUAGUUGUAAAUGGGUUGGAUUGUUUGUGAUCUUGUGGGCUGGUUUUGCGACGGUUGCCGACCUGUGGGAAAUGCUUGGUGACCUCAGCACCUCACUUGUAACCGUGGCAAAACACUUCAUGGCAAGAGCUCUGUGCCUGAUCGCCCUACCAGCUGUUGUCUAUCUCUUUUGGUUUGCUGUUCAUUUCUCCAUCCUGAGAUCAAGUGGUCCCGGUGAUGGCUUUUUCAGUUCAGCUUUUCAAUCCACAUUGAAAGGAAACGAAUUAUUCAAGUCAUCAUUUCCAGAACAUUUGGCUUACGGUUCGGUUGUGACGUUAAAAAACAAUCGUCCAGGAGGCGCCUUACUUCAUUCCCAUCAUCAUUUAUACCCAGAAGAGCACCCUCCAGUUCAACAGCAGGUCACCGGCUAUUCACACAAAGACCCAAACAACGACUGGUUGGUGAAGAAGAGCUCAGAGCCAUACAAUCCGGAUGGUCCAGUGGAAUACGUCAAACAUAAUGACAUCAUUCGCCUAGAACAUGUCCCAACAAAGAGGAAUCUUCAUAGUCAUCCUGUAAAGGCGCCAUUGAGCCAAAAUCAAUACCAAGUUUCUUGUUACGGCGAGAAUGGCGAGGGCGACUCGAACGACUUCUGGCAGAUCCAAAUUAUCAACGGCAAAGACGAAGACCUCGUUAAGACAGUCAAAACUGUAUUCAGACUUAUCCACGUAUCGACCGGCUGUGCCCUACAUGGCGGGUCAGCUACAUUGCCAAAAUGGGGCUGGGAACAACUCGAGAUGACUUGCCAUCCAACGCAAAAACACAGCAAUACCAAAUGGAAUGUUGAGUCACAUGUGAACGAAAAAGUUCCAAAAGCUAGCCCGGACUUGUUUUACCCCUCGUUUCUUGAAAGCGUUUUUGAAUCACACGCAGUCAUGGCACAGACAAACAGUGGAUUUAAACCCAAAGAAGGCGAAGUGACGUCACAACCUUGGCAGUGGCCUAUCAAUUAUAGGGGCCAAGUGUUUUCUGGUGGGGAUGAGAGAGUUUACUUACUUGGAAAUCCGGUUAUCUGGUGGUUGAUUCUGGUGACGAUUGCUCUGUUUUGCCUGAUAUUUGCUUACAAUGCUGUGAGAGAGAAGCGAGGCUACAUCGAUACGCCUGCAGAGAAAGCUCGUAAAAGUAAAUUCACGAGUGUAAUAUGCUGGCUUCUGCUGGGAUGGGCUCUGCAUUAUUUUCCCUUUUUCUUGAUGGGCCGAGUCCUCUACUUUCAUCAUUAUUUCCCCGCUUAUCUCUUUAGCGCAAUGGUUGCUGGUAUUGUUAUAGAAUAUAUCAUUGAAAGUGCGUCUUCAUAUAUCGAAUAUCCAGAAUAUAGAAAUAUGUUUUACUAUUCACUUGUGGCAGUCGUUCUUUCUGUUUGCAUCGUGAGUUUUUGGUUAUUUCAUGGCCUCACGUAUGGCAUGUCUGGUCCAAUGUCUCAUCAAGAAAACUGUACCCAAGCCGCCUACAAAUGGAUGGAUUCGUGGGAAAUCUAAAGAUAUUUGUACUUUCUGAGCCUUUCAUUCAAACAUGCCUACACUAGCAGUGGCAGACAACGGUCCAGUUAUAACUGAGCUAUUUUAUUUUAGAACAUAAAUCGAGGUUAGAAAUGAAGCCGAAAAUGAGAAACUGGGCCGGCCUGAUAAUGUCGUGCAGGUCAUGUCUUCCCCAGUCCCUAGUGUGCUCGCUUUUAUGGAAUCGUUACCUUGAAGAUAGAUUUGACAGAAAACUUUUUAGAAUAAUCACAAACGCAACUAACUUUACCUUUGAAGCGCGCAAUGCGUGACGGUAGUUGAUUAUCAGAGUCACUUUAAGUUGUGUUCAGACCUUAGGGGCAUGCAGUUUAGCUUGAAAGGAAAUCUUGCCUGUUUUUUGUUUGUUUGCUGAACUAGAGCGAUUCUAAACAUAGCGAUAUCAUAACUCAAAGUGUCUUUGAUAAUCUACUACCGUCACUCGUAUUAUGCACUUGAACGGUCGCGAACGAAGGCAAAUACUCGUGAAAUAGGCGAUUUUAAUUGUACUGUCAGCCUAAGAAGAUUUUUCAGUUUAGUGUUGCAUCCUUGUGAUGAAAUAAUAACAGUUGAU